GGCUCGGCGAGGAAGGCGGGCCGUCGAGGGCCUCCAGCCAUCCGAAGGCGGCUGCAGAAAACCCGGGCGCGCCCCCCAGUCCGGCCCCCGCCAGGAAGCCGCCCGCGCUGGGCCUCCGCGGGGGAGCCCUGCCCGUCCCCCCUCGCCGCCGCCGCCGCCGCCCCUCCGAGGCCCGGGCGCUGAGGCGGGAGGCGCUCGCUCGCUCGCCCCGGCCGCUCCCCUCAGCGGCCCCGCGGGGAAGGGCGGCCCCAGCGAAAGGUCGUCUUGUGAAUAAAAAAAAGGCAAAACUAAAGCUGAAGAUCAAGGCAGGAGGAGGAUACCCUGUGUAGAAGCCAACCUCAUGACGUGGCUCUCCUGUUUAAAGCACACACAGAACUUUAAAGGGGCGGUGACUUGUGAUGACGGUUUGCAAAGUGCCAGCUGCCAUCCUUUACCAGAUUGAGCAGGAGUUGGACAAAGACGAAAAGGACACCAUGCUGUUCCUGUGCCAAGAUCUCGUUCCUGACUUGCCUCCGCCAGACGCCAGGAAGCUUUUGGUUGCUUUGAACGAGAGAGAAAUGCUGACGGCCUGUGGUCUGGCCGAGCUGCUCUACAGAAUGAAGAGGUUUGACUUGCUAAAGAAGGUCCUGGGAACAGGGAGAGCAGCUGUGGAAACCAGUUUGGCCAGGAACCCUCAAAUGUUGUCGCCGUACAGAGUGUUGAUGACUGAAAUCAGCGAGGACCUGGAUAAAGAAGACUUGGAGUCCUUUGUUUUCCUUCUGCUGGAUCAUUCUGGCAUGUCCUACCUGAAGAAAGCAAAAGAGAAGAGUUUCCUGGGAAUUAUAACUGAUCUUGAGAAGUUAGACCUGGUGUCGCCUAACCAGUUGGAUUUAAUAGAAAAUUGCUUGUUGAACAUUCACAGGAAAGACUUGGCAAAGAAGAUCCAGAAGUACAGAGUGGAAGCUCCAGUUCACACCAUUGGCUCAGCGCCUGUGUACAUCAGCGUGCUUCAGGCAUCGCUUCCCGAGCUCUCUCUUGCUGACCCUCCAGGGAUUGUGAACAAAGGAAAACUACUAAAUGGAUCCGGUGCCAUUCAGAAGGAACAGAUCCCCGUAUCGGUACCUGAAACUGGAACAGCCCUGCCUCAGGUACCUGAGCAGUACAGGAUGCAGAGCCGGCCUUUGGGGAUAUGCCUGAUUAUAGACUGCAUUGGCAACGACACGGGUAUGCUGGUCGAAGCUUUUAAUGCCCUGCACUUUGAAGUUCAUUGUUACCCGUUCCUAAACAUGAAUUCCUUGCCACAUAAAUUGUGUGAAGUAGCACGAUUGAAGCAGCACAAAGUCUACGACUGUUUUGCCUGUGUUCUGGUCAGCCGAGGGAGCCAUCAGGACAUCUUCUGCACAGACCGCCUCUUACCUGGCUAUCCUCUGGAGAAGGUGAAGAGGUUUUUUACUGGUGAUAAAUGUGCGGCCCUCUUAGGAAAGCCAAAGCUCUUCUUUAUCCAGAACUACGUGGAGCCAGGGCAUCAUCAAGAGCACAGCAGCUUGGUGGAGGCAGAUGGAGAUCUUGUGUCUGCCAUCCCCCAGGUGGCAGACAUUCUCUGGAGCCAGUGCAUGGUGGACGCGUCAGCCUUGGAGAGAUCGCCGGGCUCAUCUUCCUAUUAUCUGUCCACGCUAACGGAGCUCUUGCUUGAUCCACGCAAAAGGAAGUUACCUCUUCUGGAUAUUCUUCUGGAGCUGAACGACAGAGUUUACGGGAGGAACAGAGAACAGCCUGCGGAACACCACUCGCUCCUGUUGAAGCACACCCUGAGGAAAAAGCUCUUUCUUUCAAGAAGUGAGAAGUUAAUAAAAUAAAACACACACGUCGUGGUAGUUCCAGCCGCUGUGUGAACCGGUUGAGACGAGUGUAUCUCUGUGGAGUGGAAAGGGCAUCCAGGACCAGGCGCUCACGGGCUGUUCAAAUGCUUUUCGUAUCCUUGAACUAUUCAACCCAGAUCUGUGCUCAGCUUCAAGACACGGUAGAUACCUAUUUAAGCUGGCAGCAACAUCUAAUUUCCCAGCAACAUCUAAUUUUCCCAGCCAACAUCUAAUUUUUAAAUUUGUCUCUUAUAGCCUAAAGAUAAGCGUAUUACUUCGGGCAUGGCAGGAGGGUCAAGAGGGAGAUCUGGUAUAGCACUAUGAUGAUGCUAGAGAUUUUGUCAGAGCACAUGGGAUGGAGCCGGUAGAGAUGUGGCCUUUUAUAAGCUGAAUGCACCAAUUGGCCAUGCUGAGCCACAGGAAGCAAAGGUCAUAGCCCAGGUUGAAAGGAAGAGUUUUUCAGUAGAAAUGCCACGGGCAGCAUAAAUACUAGUUAUCCUCUUGUUAUUGGGCUUUGAACCUUUAACGCUUGUAAGUGGAAAGAUGCACAUGCUGUGGAAUAAAUAGACAGAUAUUUCCCAGCCAGCCGCUGAGAGAUGAUGUCUCCAGUUCAGAGAUACGGAGUCUCGGGCUCAGAACCAGAAUGCUCUCAAGCAGCGUAAUGAGGCCCCUUAAAGGUUUGCUGGGGUUCGUUUGUCAUGGAGCGGUUGCUUCCACAGGCACCUCCUCCUCUUCUGUGUCUGGGCAGUUCUAGACUGGCCGGUUGUCGGAGAGUUGAAUACAAGGAGUAGGAUGCUACACAGCAAAGGAGUGGGAUGCUAUACAACCAUUACCCAGGACUUCCACACAACGCAAGUCAGUAUUUUCUCAAAUACAGGCAGCUUACCUGACAGACAAGGAUAAUUGGGGAGAUACUAUGCCAAAGGAACAGUGCUGCACUGCACCAGCAAUAAACUGUGGCAGCUUGAGAACGUAAAUAACACUUUCACGAGUGGGAAGGAAAGGAACAGGUUCUGUUUGUUCUUGUGUGAGGUGGUGGGUUGAAGUUUAAGGCAGCGAGUUUUAAGAAAUGCUGUCGAGUCACGAUAAGGGACUGAAUCAGGGCGUGUUUCUGUCUGUGAUUGGUAUUGGAAUGUCAGUAAUUCAAUAAUGUUAAGUUUGAGGGAUCUUUGCCACUAAUGGUAUUAAUAUAUUUAUUUAUUUUGGUUGCUUUGGCCAAAAUUUCAUUUGAUGUUUAUUUUUUAAAUAAAAACAAUCAAUUAUGUUA